AUUAUUCCACAAAUAAUCAUACAUCUACAAACCCUAACCCCAAAAAGUCCUAUUAACACCUCAAAUUUUAACCAGUUGCCGAUUCACCUACGUACCCUGCACAAAUUGCUGCAAGCCCCGAAGCAAGUGUUCCUGCAAAUCCAUCUGCAGAGGCACGUACAGCCCCGCGAGAUCGAUGUUCUGUCUCUAUUGCGACAAUCCGCGGGAAAAGUGUACGUGUCGAGCCCCUUUGAGGAAAUGCUCCUGCUGUGACUUGUCGGUCGACCUGUGCAGGUGCGAUCAGAAGACGAUUUGCGAUGGCAGACCGGUCCUGACCGAGCCCGAUAACGAUCGCACCAUGUACGUAACCGCUUGGAAGCCGAGGGAAGAGAUACGACGAUACUUCUCGAGAAAGUUGGACGUUCUUCGAACCGAUUCUAUCAAUGAAUGCUGGUGCCACGAGAAGCUGAAACACCACAACUCCGAUGACCUUCCUUAUCAACGCUUGCGCGUCUUCUCCGACGUGAUGGACGAGCUACAGCAGAAGUUGAGCGAGUCUACGUGCUGCACUCGUUGCAGGAAGAUUCCUUGUUGCUGCAAUAUCGAAGCUGACGAGGGAAGGGAUGAGAGGAAGAUAAAAUGUUGUGUUAGCCCGAAGACACGGAGGAAGCUCGUUGCUGUAUGCGUGGAGAAGCCAGUUAAGUCGCUGAAUAAUUACAAAUGUGACAUUGCUAAAGAAAAAAACGAUAGACAGAGGAAAAUAAUAGUAACUCUCUGCUGCGAUUGCAAGUCAACGCCGUGCAGAUGCAAAAAGAGCAAAUCGAAUCAAAAGAAACCGAGAGCGAGGUGUUAUUAUUGCAAAAACUCGCCUUGCGUCUGCAUUGCGAGCGGAGAUUGCAACAAACCGAGGCCAUGCAGGUGUACUGAUUCACCUUGCCGAACGAAAGAGAAGGAAAACGCACCGCGCGGAAAAACAUCCACGAAACCGAAGAACAAUGACGAAAAGAUAAUUUGUGUGCGGUAGAACGACACCUGUGAUUAUUUAACACCGAACGUGUAUCGUACGAACGAUCUGUUAACCGAGAUCUCGAAACGAUACUUGAGAGGUUUGAAAACUUUAAUGAUAAAAAGAAAGGACAAAUUUUGUUUUCGCGAAGUUAUAUUGUUUAUAGAAAUCUAUUCAAAUUUUGAACGAACUCGAAAAGAAUGAAGAAAAGUUUAUUUCUUCGUGUUUUGUUUAUUCAUGUUUAUUGAAGACGUUUUUGAAUAUUUUAAGAGUUGAAAUGUAAGGAAG